AUGUCAUUUUCUGAAUAACAAGGUUAAGAGCUGCAGAUAAGGAAGGCAGAUUUGGAUGAUUACGAUGAGAUUAUGUAAUUGAUGCAGGAAGAGGGAGAAGAGGACUUAUAAUAACUCUACGCAUAUCCCAAGAUUCUUACAUUAUUUGAGAGAUCCUAUUUGUCAGUCACAGUGCUUGAUUCGUAGAAUAAUAUUAUAGGAGGGGCAGUCUUUGAUGAUUGUCCUUAAGGUGUUACUGGAUAGGUUGAUUUUAAGCAUGAGAAUUUGUGGGAAUAAUGGAUUCAUGAUGGCUGGGACAUUGGCUUUCAUGUGAGUUCAUUCAACUGUCUUUGGAUGACUUUCUUUUUUCUUGAUCUAGCUAAGAAGCGAUUCCAAUUGACUGAAGACCAACAGUUACAGAUCACCAAACAAAUCUUUCAAAAGGUCUAUGAUUAUUUGAAUGUUGUCAAUGGGAUCUUCUUUUUGAGGAGGAGUGAAGCAAUUGAUGCCACUCAAUAAGAAUUGGAUAUCGCAUUAGAGAAUUUAUUUGAAAUUCUCCCAAAAAGACAAGAUUUCAAAUUGAAGUUCAUGCAAGGAGUGAAUCAGAAUUGUGAGAUCUACUAUUCAGCGUCAUCUAUGGUAACUGAAUUGUUGGAAAUUCGUAUGGCUCGUGAAGAGGAUCAUGAUGAUUUGGCUGCCAUCUUUAAUCGUCAAUCAGAUGUGCAUACUGAAGAGUUCGGUGAAUUCUUCAUUGCGGACUUAAUUGCUACUCAGAAUCAAACUAGGAGAUAAGCUAGGAAUUAUAGGAGUGAUGGAAAGGCUAUUGUAGGAUAAGUUGGAGAUAAGGCAGUGGGAUUGAUGAGUAUUUCAAGUGAUAUUGAGUAAGAGAAUAGUCUAAAUGUUUCGAUUUAGAAGUGUUUGACAAUCUCUACAAAUCAGAAUAUAUGGAAGCCAUUAGAAAUCGACUGGAUUAAUUGGCACUUGAGGAAACAAAUCAACAAGCAGAUCAUUACUUACAAGAAGCACAUUGAAUUGACCAAAGAAGCCAUGAAAUGUCAUAUAGUUGGACAAAGACUCUAUUUACAAUAGUAUUGUUUUGAUAGAGACUAGGAGAUUAAGCAAAAGAUUGAUGAUUAUGGGUAAGAAGACUUAGCUAAAACACUUACAUAAUAGGUUGUGACUAAUAUGAUCAACGGGUGGUUGAAGGAUUAUCAAGUAUUCAAACCCAGUGAUCUAUUUCUUGAAUAUCCUGAUUCAUUCAAGGAUUUAGAAUGCAUCACCAUUAAACCAAUCCAAGUUUUAUUGGAAGCCCUUGAGUUCUUUGGAUUACCCAAAGGAUACAUGAAUGGAGAAGGCCAUUGGAAAGAUUGGGCCAAGAAGAAGGAAGAAGAGUAAAAGGCUCUCUCUCUCAAAAGCCCAAAAAGAUAACAGAAGAAGACUAAUAAAAAAAGCAAAGAAGGAGGAUAAGGAUGA